AAUGCACAUUCCUGCACCCACUCAAGAAAUGCUAAAGUAGAUUCUUAAAUUGUACCUGGAAACCUGAAUUUCUUUCUGUUGCAGGAGUUCUGGGAACUCUGGUCUCCUGUCUGUGACUUUCUGUGAUUCCUCAUUGCAUUUUCAGUAUCUCAGAUGGUUGGUUUGAGUGUGGGGUAUGGUGUUUGGUGCAUACUGAAUGAAGUCUUAGCCCACAGACCUUUGGUGAAUAUGGGUCUGGGAGAGGGAACCACGGAUCCUAAGGUCAGAGUUUCCUAGCCUGAUGACAAGGAUGAAAAGAGGGGCCUGAAGGGUUUGCAGAGCAAAAGAAACUGAGUAUUUUCUUAGAUGUGCCCUGGGUGACAUUCAUUCAUUAGGCCUAUCUAGGUCCUGGGUAUACACUAGUGAACAAAACAAAAAUACCUGCCUUCAUAAAUUUUUAUGUUCUAGUGGGUGUGAUAGGCAAUGAAGAAAUAUAUAAGUAAAAUAUAUAGCAUGUUGGUGAUAUGAGCUGAGGAGAAAAACAAAGCAGGAAGGGGGAUAGAAAUUCUUUCACGCCAAGUGCAGAAGAUAGGAAGUUCUGGGAAGUGAUGUGAUGUCAUCACUUGCUUUAACAUGGGAAAGAAUGAGACUGCCGGGCUCCCAGGGACGUCACGACUAGCUCUGUGACGCAUCGUCAGGGAGUUCCGUAGAGAUGACGGGCUCCUUUAUGACGUCAGCAGCCGGGCCCAGAUAACAGAGGAGGUUAGAUCCCGCCGGGGGGCCCGCCGGCUGCACGCAGGGUCCGUGAGGUCUCCGCGGCGCACAUUGGCUGAAGGAGGGCCGAGAGCCUUGGCAGCUGCGGCGGCGACUUUGGUGUCCGUGACAGGGUGCCCCGGGGUCAGGAUGCGGCGGAGCCCCCGCCCGGGCUCGGCGGCGUCCCCGCAUAAGCGCACGCCCAACUUCUACAGCGACAACAGCAACAGCUCAGUGAGCGUCACCUCGGGGGACAGCAGCGGGCACCGGUCAGCUGGGCCGGGGCCCGGGGAGCCCGAGGGCAGAAGAGCCCGGGGCUCGAGCUGCGGUGAGCCCGUCUUGGGCGCAGGAGUGCCCGGAGGAACCACAUGCGCUGGAAGCCCUCGGCAGAAGCCUGCGCCUCGGAGCCACAAAGGGCCGACCGCCUGUGGCGCGGCAACCGUGAGGGGCGGGGCCUCGGAACCGGCUGGCUCUCCCGUAGUCUCUGAGGAGCAGUUCGACCUUCUCCCGACCCUGGAUCUGAGGCAGGAGAUGCCUCCACCGCGCGUGUCCAAGAGCUUCUUGAGCCUGCUGCUUCGGGUGCUGAGCGUGUUGUUGUCCCUGGUAGGAGACGUGCUGGUCAUUGUGUACAGGGAGGUCUGUUCCAUCCGCUUCCUGCUCACGGCCCUGUCACUGCUGAGCCUCUUUCUGGCAGGUGAGGGGGUGGCGAAUCCCCUGGGGCCCCCGCCCUGGAUGUUUUGGAGUCAAACCCGGCACAUUUUCUCCUGUAUCCCUCAGCACCCUGAGCACCUUCAACUGCUCACGGUCCCCUUCAGAGCCCCCUCAAGGCUUUUCUCUCCUCACUGUCCCUUUAUGCCAAGGAAACCCUCUCCCUUGGCUCCCCCUGAGACUACCCCUCUUUCCCCAGCACUCUGGUGGGGGCUGCUGUAUCUGGUCCCUCCUUUGGAGAAUGAACCUAAGGAGAUGCUGACUCUAAGCGAGUACCACGAGCGCGUGCGCUCCCAGGGGCAGCAGCUGCAGCAGCUCCAGGCCCAGCUGGAUAAACUACACAAGGAGGUGUCCAGCGUUCGCGCAGCCAACAGCGAGAGAGUGGCCAAGCUCGUAUUCCAGAGGUUGAAUGAAGACUUUGUGAGGAAACCUGACUAUGCGCUGAGCUCUGUGGGGGCCUCCAUCGACCUAGAGAAGACAUCACACGACUAUGAGGAUGCGAACACUGCCUACUUCUGGAAUCGCUUCAGCUUCUGGAACUACGCUCGGCCGCCAACAGUUAUCCUGGAGCCAGAUGUGUUCCCUGGGAAUUGCUGGGCUUUUGAGGGCGACCAGGGUCAGGUGGUAAUCCGGCUACCGGGUCGCGUGCAACUGAGCGACAUCACCCUGCAGCACCCACCGCCCAGUGUGGCACACACCGGGGGAGCCAACAGCGCCCCCCGCGACUUCGCAGUCUAUGGCCUCCAGGUUGAUGAUGAGACUGAAGUUUUCUUGGGGAAAUUCACCUUCGAUGUGGAGAAAUCAGAGAUUCAGACUUUCCACCUACAGAAUGACCCCCCAACUGCCUUUCCCAAGGUGAAGAUCCAGAUUCUAAGCAACUGGGGCCACCCCCGUUUCACAUGCUUGUAUCGAGUCCGAGCCCAUGGCAUGCGAACUUCAGAGGGAGCAGGGGACAGUGCCACGGGGGAACCCCAUUAAACAUGCUGAUUGUUGGA